GUUGUGAUAAACUUAUUAAAUAGAUUUUGUUGAAAUGGUUGAAUCUACUGAGAAUGGAUCGGCAACUGCGCCCGAAGUGCACUCGACUACUGGCGAUGAAGGCGAGAAGAUAGAUGCUAAGACCGUACCUGAAGAUACCACAACACAGACUGUUGAAGCGACUCCAGACAGUGCGAACGGCGGCACAGUACCGGCCAACGGUGACGCCCCGCCUGCCAGUAAAGAAUUGCCGACAGGCGUUGAGCUGUCAAUCAUCAGACAGAUUGAGUACUAUUUUGGAGACAUCAAUUUGCCCAGAGACAAUUUUCUGAAGGAACAAAUACAGAUAGACAAUGGCUGGGUCUCCUUACAAACCAUGAUGACUUUUAACCGGCUAGCUAAACUGACGACAGACACAAACGUUGUAGCCACUGCCUUGAGAAAAGCUGAUGGUGGUCUCAUAGAGGUUUCUGAAGACGGGACAAAAAUACGAAGAAAUCCUGACAAAACCCUGAAGGUUGUCAACUACAAAGACCUUAGUGCCCGAACACUUUACAUAAAAGGCUUCCCUCUUGAACUGAAGGUCGACGAGGUACUGACUUUCUUCGAGAACUCGCCUCUAGAAUAUGAUAAUGUUUUCUACCGUCGAGAGAGAGCGGGAAAAACGAAAGGACAGUUCAAAGGGUCAGUUUACAUGACAUUCAAAAAUGACAGAGAUGCAAUGGAUUUUUUGUCGAAAGUGAAGAACGGUGAGAAGUUUAUGUACAAGGAUAUUGAACUGGAAGUUUGCUCUAAAGAAGAACAUAUUGCACGCAAGAAUGCUGAAAGGUCAAAAAACAAACAUCACAAAAAGGAGCAGGAAAAACCAAAAGUUCCAGAGUUUGACUAUACGAAAGGUGCAAUUUUAAAACUGAACGACAUAGCGCCCGAGACGUCCCGUGAAGAGUUGAAGUCAGUGUUCCGCCCAUUUGCGAGUGAACUGUUCAUUGCGUUUGAGAAGGGAUCCUCUUCUGCGUAUUUGCGCUUUAAGGACGAGGAUUCUGCAGAGAAGGCUUUGAAGGGAGCAACUGAGGGUGAUAAGAAACUCGAGACUCCCAGUGGUGAAUUCAAAGCUGAAUUAGUUAAAGACGAAGAAGAAAAAACAAAAGCAGUAGAAAAAUUGAAGCAAGAUGAGGCCGACUAUUUUUCACGACAACAGAACAACUCGCGUCGUGGUGGACGAGGCGGAGGAUUCGGCGGCGGUGGCAGAGGUUUCCGAGGAGGAAGAGGCGGGGGAGGAGGGCACCGAAACCCUUUUAAUAAAAACAGAGGCGAAAAACGAGAAAACUCCGAUGAGUCUAAAGAAGGACCCUCGGAAGCCAAACAUACGAAAUUCGAUUCUGAUCACGAGUAAAUAUUGGAAUCCGAACGGAAAGACUACAAGCGCGUAGUCUUCUGUUGUCUCUCAUGUUGCUGAAAUUUUUGUUUCGAAGAACUGAUGUUUUAAGUUGAUUUUUAGUUUUGUUUCACCUAACAGUUGUAAAACUCUUGUCAGAGUUUAAUGGCUAUUAUAUGAUUGACGAAAUAUUCAAUAUUUCGAAAAAUAAAAAUACAUCUGAUUGAAGUUAAAUAUUUCCAAUAGAUUCGUUCAUUGAA